AAUGAAUGUUGUUUGGCUUUGGCGGAAAAAUGUCAUGUGUUGCAAGCGAUAGAUGAAAUAAUAAUAUAAACAACAACAUGUCGAAUCCAGAACAGCCCCCCGAGAGAGAUGUUAAGGAAUUUCGAUUCCAGCAGUUAUGUAAAUUUAGAGUGACUUCAACUCCAGAAGUUCCCAAAGAACGAGUUCAACUUCUGACCACCUCUUCAAAAUAUGGAUUGAUAUUUAUUGCUGUUAAAGAUGGAGUAAAGGUGGCAGAUAUACAAGAGCUGAUCAAACUAGACUGUCAGCAUAUCACAGAACGUGGUAAAAAAUUUACACAAGACAUACCAGUAUAUACAUUUCUACCAAUCACUGACUCUGUAAUACAUUUAGCCCUGAGUUGUGAUGACCUGACAUUAACUGUUGGUUGUAUUGCCAAUGAUAAUAUUAUACUCUAUUUAUAUGAUGUUCGAGGAUUUUCACAACCGGGUGCUCGGCCUAAUCCCUUUAAAACAAUCCGGAUUAAUGGUAGCCGAGGAUCAACAUUGUCUGAUUUAGCGUGGAACCCAGAGAUUGGUAAUACUGUAUUGACAUGUACAUCUGAUGGUGCUGUUGAACUGUUGGAAAUAGAUGAUAGUAUUAAUGUUUUAACUUUACCCAGUAGUAUUGGAGCUAAUUGUUUGUGUUGGAGUCCUAAAGGCAAGCAGUUUGUUAUUGGUAAAAAAGAUGGAACCUUGUCCCAAUAUGAUAAAACUUUACAAUUGCGAAAGAACUGGCCAUGUCCUCCUGUACUCGAUCAGGAAGCUGGUCCAUAUCAAGUGAUUGAUAUUGUAUGGUUGUCAACAUAUAUGUUUCUAGUGGCGUAUUUACCACAGACAGUAGGUGAAUCGGAUCAACCACAAGUCUUGCUAAUAACGUCAUCAAAAGAAGGCAACACAAAGUAUGAUAAUUUUGAAGAUAUUUGUUUUGGAACUCGUGAAGAACGAAAUGCCAAAUAUUACAUGAAUUUAAUAUUGAAAUGGGAUAUGGCUAUAAUAAGUUCAGCAAAUGCUACAGAGACAACUAUAGUAGGAAAAAAUCUUAACGACAAGUUAACAUGGGAACAUUGGAUAUUAGAAGAUUCUGGUAGAGCUGAAUUACCAUUAACAGAACAGAAAAAUGAUUCCUUUCCUGUUGGGUUCUCAAUAUGUUAUUUAUCUGCAUGUCCUGAUCCUAAAGCAGAAGCAGCCUCCCCACUAUUGUUAUUGUUGUCAACAGACGGUCUACUGAUACCCUUUUAUAUGAUAUAUUCUCAUCCUGAUGCUGUCAUGGUAACCAGUCCACCACAGAUUCUCUCGGCUACAGGAGAACGGAAGGCUAUCGAAGGAAAUGGACCGAAACCUCCAGCUCAAGCUCAAGCUAAACCUCCAGCUCCAGCUCUAGCCAAUCCCCUAGUGGGAAGUUCUUUUCAGUUUGUUUCCAAACCAACAGCUUCUGCACCAGCAACAACAACUCAAGGACCAUCAACUUUCACUCAGCCAUCUGCACCAUCUAGCUUUUCUUUCACAACUCCAACGUCUGCUGCAGUUAAUAUUGGCAAUCAAGCCAAGUCCAUAUUUGGAGGUACUGGAACUUCAGGAUUUUCAUUUAGCUCAUCUGCUUCACCAACAGUACCAUUUGGCACUAAACCAGUGGCUACUCCAACCAGCAGUGUACCUAGUUCACAGGUUCCUGCUUUUGGUUCCACAUCAUCCUUCAGUUUUACUGGAACUGGUGGAACAAAUGCAUUUACUACUGCCGGCACCCUUGGAGGAACAACUCCUGCCAAAUUGCCAUUUCAGGUUAGCUCUGGAAACACAACAUCUGGUUCGGGACUGUCUCCGUUUUCUGGGACACCAUCCUUUCCUACAGGUAAUACAGUGAAGACAGAAUCAUCAGCUGUUCCACCAUUUACCAGCAAACCAUCAAUCUCUACAGGAGCAGGUAUAGGUGUGUUCAGUGGAGCUCCAGCAUCUUCUGUAUCAGGUGCUGGGAUAUCUAAACCAACAGCUAUUGGUGGAGGUGGUGGUGUGACUAGUAUUAGUGGUGAUACUAGAUCGACUCUUGUAACUACUUUCGUGCAAGCAACACCUCAGCCAAAAGUGAAUGAAUCUGGUGUAACAACCAACCAGCAAUCUGUUGAUACGCUGAUACAUGAAACUAGUGAAAUGACUUUUACCGAGAGUAUUCUAGAGGAGAUGGCUCAUUUUGAGCAAGAAUUACAGGAGUUGAAAGCUAGGACAGCCGACUGUAAAUGUGAAAUUGGUACUAAACGAGAAAUGCAAAAAAUCAAACAGUCUACAGAAGAUUUUUCACAAUUCUGUAAAGAAGUUCGUGAUUUGACAAAGGAUCAAAGUCGUGAAGUGGCUGACCAAAAAUCACAAUAUCUAGAUUCCUACGCCAUGGCAGAAGAUUGUAAUGUAAGGAAAGAACGAAACAACGAUCCACGAUAUCAUAAACUGUUGAGAUCGCGAGCCUUAGAUCCAGCUAGUGCCGAUACUUUAAAGAAAUUACAACAACAAUAUCAAGCUAUAGAACAGGGUGUUCGUGAUGUGGAUUUGAUUCUUGAUACACAGUGGGAUUCAUAUCAAAACAGAAAAGCUAAAACUGGAAGGAUUCAGAUACCGACCAGUGACGCCAUAUACAGGGCUUUAAAGAGUAAUCACAACCUGAUAACUGGACAACGAAACAAGAUGGAUGAAAUACAGGAACAACUGAAACAUUUACAGCUUUAUAAAUCACCAUUAAAACAUAAUUUAUCAGAAACAAUUAAUUCUCUCACACACAGUGAUAUUUCAAAUAGAAGUAGCAGACGAUCAUCCUUAAAAGCUUCACCAGGGGGCUCUGUCAGUCCAGAAAAACAAGCAAAACUACGAAACAUGCUGAUGAACAGAACAGUUCCCAAAAUUAAGUCAACUGUUCCAGCCAAUCUAUCCAUGUCAAGAAUAGUUAGUGCCACUAGUCUACAAGAUUCGGAAUCAGUGGAAAACACCCUGGACAACAGUAGAGAUCUUGGGAAACCAAGUCCUGCAGAUGUUUCUGCCAUGAACAGAAUGAACACCAAUAACACUACAAAUUUACCCCCUUCAUCUUUUACUGGUCAGGCUUUCUUUAAAAGACCACAUCCUUCUUCACAGCAAAGUCCUGUUCAACCAUUUGUUUCCCAUCCCCGAAGUAAUGCUGGUCUCGGUUUAGACAGAGCUCAGUUUUCAGUACAGAAUGCUCGAGUUAGUGGGGGUUUCCAUGGCUCGUUAGUUAGUGGAACCAGCAUGAAAGCAGUUAAUCCAGCUGUUGGUCAAACCUUAAUCUCUCAGCUAUCUCCAAGCGAUCUGGCCACUUAUGUUAGUAACGCUCGCCAACAAGGUUUAUUAAAUCAACAAUAUGAAGAUGUAACUCCUCCGUCUUCAAGUAGAACUCCUAACGAAGAAUAUGAUGAUGAAUAUGAUGAUGAAGAUGAUGAUGAUGACGAUGAAGAUGAUGAUGACGAUGAUGAUGAUGAAGACGAGACCGGUUUCGGUUCAGAAUACCGUUUUGAGCAACAUGAAGUAUAUGACAAUAAAUCAACUCCGACUGGUUCAGCAAGGAUAUUUGAGGGAAAACCAAAUGUUGUAGGCAAGAAUUUAUUUGGCUCUCCUUUACCAUCAUUUACAGUUGCUCCAGGUUUUCCAGCCAGUGAUCCAAAUAAAAUUCCGGAAAAACCAACAUCAGCACCAUUUGAUUUAAGUAAAAAAGGAUUUGGUUUUGCUGGAUUGCAAAAUCCACCAGCAUUUGGGGCCAGUGCAGAUAAAUCCACGCCAUCCAAAGGACUCUUUAGUUUUGGAAAUGAAAGCACUGCUCAUUUCUCGGCUAAAUCCAAAGUUCCACCUAAUCAAAUGGGGGCUGGUUUCUCAUUUGCUAAUGUUGCUGGAGAUAACCUUUUUUCUCAAGCAGCUGCAGAAGAUGCAGCAGUGUCAUUAUCAGCAUUUGGUAUUACUGCAAACAAAAAUAAAUCUCCAUCACCAGGAGGACCAACAAUUGGCAAGGGUCACUCUGUUGAUGUGACUAGUCAUCCAAAUCUUUUGACCCUUUUAACUUCAGAACAAGCAGCAGAAGAGGCAGCGACUUCUGAACAGACAGCAGCCUCUGAAAGUAGUCACCAUUUUAAAGAUCCUACAAUAGGUUCAGUUGAAACACAAGCAAAAAAAUCUGGUGUGUCACCUUCACCAACUGAAGGAAAUGAGAAAUCAAAAAUAGAUUCUACAGUUGCUGAUAGCAAGAUAGCAACCACUAAAAACACAAGCGUAUCUUCUUCGGUAGGUUUCACGAAUACCCCACCAUCAUCUGGUCAUUUUACAUCUAAUAUACUAACAGCAUCAGCACCUAUCUCAAAUGCUUACAGUUCCAUCACAACUACAAACAGUCUUAGUACAUCAAUUGGUUCAACAAUUCCUGCAAGUAAAAGUAAGAAUAAUGGAGAAUCUGAUUCAGCAAAGACAGUGGGUUUAUUCAGCUUAAAACCCUCUUCAGUAACAUCAUCCACAGCAACAACAACAACACCUGGGGGAUUAUUUGGGACAUCUGCUACUACUGCAGGUGGUAUCUUUGGAACACCCGCAGUGACAACAAAAGCUGGCUCAGUCGAUGGUGUAGAAACAACAGUUUCAUCAACAACCGCAGCACCAGGUGGGUUUUUUGGAGCCUUGGCUAUAACAUCUGAGUCAACUGGAUCAAUAACAACUUCUUUUGGAACAUUGGGAGGAUUGUUUGACAAAGGACCACCAACUAGCAGUGCAUCUUUGAUUGCACCUAAAUUAGAAUUUGGUUCUAGUACACCUGCUGAAGACAAAGUAUCAACAACCACUGAAAAAUCUGGUGAAGCAACAAAAACUGACAAUUCUGUUCCAGAAACGUUAACAACUGUACCAUCCACCCCUGUUCCAGAAACGUCAACAACUGUACCAUCUACCCCUGCGAUAUCUAACCCUGAGACCGUCCCAUCUGGAUUGUUUGAAAAGCCAAGUUUUGGGACAACGACGACCACAAGUUUAUUUGGUUCAACAUCAGCUUUAAGCUCAACAACAGCAGCAACAUCAAGCUUUGGAAGUCUUUCAACUCCAACAUCUACAAAUUCAAUAUUUGGUGGAGCUGCCAGCUUCGGCUCAGCACCUGGAUUAGGACAAUCAGUUUUUGGAAGCACCGCUGUUUCAGUUUCAUCAAGUACAUCCACUACAAGUUCAGUAUUUGGUGGUGCACCAUCUUUUGGCCAAGCAACUGGCUUAGGACAAUCAGUUUUUGGAAGCACUGUUCCUUCAGUUUCAUCAACUGUUACAGGAUUUAGUGCAACUACUACAAGUAAUAGCUCUGGAUUUGGGCAACCGCAUUCAUUUGGAUCAACAGCUGCAGCAACAUCAAUAUUUGGAAGCAAGCCAGAAUCUACAGCCACACCUUCUGUAUUUGGAAGCACUGGUUUUGUUUCAUCAACUACUAACGGGGCUGGAUUUGGACAAGCCAGUGUGUUUGGACAGAAAACGGCAUUUGGUCAAGCACCAGAAAGUGCUGCUCCUGCACCAACAUUUGGUCAGACAACAUCACAACCUAGUAGUGGUGUAGGGGGAUUUGGAGGUAGUGGUGGUGGAGGAGGAGGGUUAUUUAGUGGAUUGGGAGGCCAACCAAGUGCAGAAAAAGCCAGCACCAACGUGUUUGGGGCAACUCAGUCAUUUGGUACCAAUAAUCAACAAACUGGAAAUUUAUUUGGGAAUCAGACGAAUACGACAGGUUUUGGCAGUUCGACUGGUGGAUUUGGUAGCAAUACCACCGGUGGUAGUUUUAGUCAGCCAACAGGUGGUGUUGCUUCUACAGGAUUUGGUGCCGCUUCACCUACAACACCUUCAGCUGGAGGAUUUGGUGGUACUCCAUCAUUUGGUGGAGCUUCAACGUUUGGAGGUUCUCCAGGAUUUGGUGCAAAACCUGCUUUUGGUUCUGCUCCCGUAUUUGGUUCACCAGGUUCAUCAACUACGGGUGGAACUUUUGGCUCUCCUGCUCCACCAUUCGGUUCUACAAUUGGUGGUGCAAGUAGUUUUUCUGGAUUUAGUUCAGCAAGCAGUCCUACAUUUGGUAGUAUUGCGCAGACAACAGACCUGCCGACAUUUGGUAGUAUGAGUCAACAACAACCUGGAGGUGGAUUUGGAAGUUUAUCAUUUGGUGGUGGUGGUGGUGGUGGUCAGCAGCAGCAACAACAGCCUCCACCUGCUUUUGGUUCUUCUAACCAAGGAGCAUUUGGGAAUGCACCAUCUUUCUCUAGUUACAGAUGAGGAUAAAACAUAUUAUUGAUUAUCUCCCCUGUGUACCAUAUUUGGACAUGAAAAACAAACGGCUAUAAAUAUAUGUUAUGUAAAUCA